AUGGUAUUGACAUUGUCUGCAUCAAAGUUUAUCAUCAACUUACUUUCGAAAGUAAGGAUACUUAAUUACAGUUACUUCUCCGAUAAAGAUCAGAAGAAUGUGCCUACCUCAGCAGCUAUCCAGAUUAAAUUGAACUGGAAUCUCUUCCCACUUCCAAAAACAAGAAAAAUGACUCCACUGAAAAUAUCCCCGAUUUUCUUUUUGCUUUUCAUGUGCCUACCAGUGGUAAUUAAUGCUCUGGUUGAUAAUUCAACAACAACAACGACAUCAUCAUCAUUUGAUCAACAAUUGUCAUCUGGUUAUGUAUUUGUCUAUGUUAAGCCGUCAUCCUUAAAUACAGAACGCAAUUGUACAUCCCCUAAUAACCCUUGCAAGAGUGUAGAAGAGGCUAUUUCCUAUGCCAAUUCUAUUAGAUUUUCUAGAGUUCAUGUCUACUUGAUGGAUGGAGAAUACAAGUGUGGAAUAGUAUGUUAUCAACCAUUGCAAAGUUUGAUCUUGGAAUCAUUUGAUCAAAGUAAGAGGAUUCAAUUUGAAUGUAAUGGAGGAUCUUUCUUUACUUAUUUAAAUGCCAUGAAUGGAUUAAAGUUGUCGGGAUUGAAACUUUUUGAUUUUACUUUGAACAAUGGUGGCAACAGUUUGGUUGCUGUUCCAUUGAUAGAGAUUGAGAAUUCCAUUCUACUUAAUUCAGUAAUUUAUGAACCAAGUCGUCAGUUUGGAACAAUUUCUGUGUCUGUUGUAAAUUCUCAAUUAGAAUUUGUUGAAUUUUACGCAACUGUUACAGCAAAUUUUGCAAAUUCCACACUUAAAAACAUCAAACACACACAAGAGACUCCAUCUUUAAAUCCUGGCACAUUUUUCAAUAAUUGUACCAUUGAAAAGUAUCAAUUUAUUUCCUCUUCUCUAUCUGAUAGAGACAAUAUGGUUGAGCUAAGAUUUUCCUUAUUGCGCAGUAGAGUGAAAGAUUCUGAUUUUUUGAUUUGUAGAACCUCUGAAAUUUCACAAAAUACCUUCACUGGCUCUGUAACCAUUCGACAGAGCUUUUUGGCAUCUUCAAAAUUUGAAAACAACAAUGUGAGUGAUGGCGAAUUUCAAUUCUACGCCUAUAACAUUAAUUCUUUAAAAAUUGGAUUCAAUGAAUUUCAUAAUUUACUGGCAAACAGUCCAGUACUCCAAAUUGCUAACACUUUACAAACAAUGUUCCUCUCUAAUAAUUUCAAUAAUGUUAAAAAUGGUAUCAGCGUUUCUCAAAGUAAUUACAUUGCACUAUUUCAAACUAACUUUAGAAAUUCUAGUAUUUCCAUACGUAUUGAUUCGUUGAUGGAUGUUGCCCAAUCAUCUUUAUUAAUGAAUUAUUGUGAUUUUAACUACAAUGGUGAUUUAACAAUACAACAUGGAGUUUAUAUAAAGGCAAAUAUCAUUCAAAUUAAUGAUUGCACAUUCAAUGGAAACAAGGCAGUGAGAGGAGGUGCUGUCUAUGUUGAAGGAUUGGCAAUUUCAUUAAGACUACUCGCAAACAACAAUAGUGCCCAAAUGGGAGGUGCUAUCUAUGCCAAAUUAUUGGGAACAGAUGCUUUGGAUUUGAGAGCUUCAACGAAUACACAUAAUACGGCACAACUUGGAGGUGCUAUUUUUGUUGAAAACCCAAAACCAUUAGUGCUUUUGGAUUAUUUGAAGUGUUCAUACAAUCGUGCUGUAUUCUCAGGAGGUUGUAUUUAUAUUUCAGAGCCAGGUCCUUAUAUUAUUGUAUCAAGUUUUCUCAUGGAGGAUAAUAAUGAAGCCGGAUCAUAUGGAGAUAUCAUUGGAGAACCUCUAAAUAAUAUAACAUUUACUGUAGAAGUUAUAUCUGCUACUAGUGUUGUUUCCAAAUUCAUUCAAAACCAAGAUGUUAUCUAUUCACAAUACCCAGGACAAGAGCUGACCAUUAGUAUAGGAAAUUUACAGACCUAUACGGGUAAAGGAGAAAGGGUUUCAGUCAAGAAAUUACAAAGUCAAGUGGACGUUGUUUCCUUAUCAGAGGGUACGAUUUAUUCGAAAAAGCUUAUUCCAAAUCAACUUAAUUCUGUAACCUAUUCACUUGACAUAGACAAAAUGCAACUGAGACAAGUGCAUGGAUAUAUUACAAUCCAAAAUAUUGUUCAAAAUAUCACUAUUAAUAUUGCAGAUUGUCCAAAAGGAAAAGUACUUCAAAAUCCACUUUCUACUGGUUUUGUUUGUAUUGAUACUGAUAAUUCUGAGCAAAUAAUAAUUCCAAUCAGUGUGGUUCUUGGAAUUCUCUUAAUGAUUUUUAUCAUUCUUUUAUUGUUUCUUACUUUUAGAGGAGUGAGACAUGUUUAUAUGAAACUAAACCUUCUCAAGAGAAAGGAAAUUGCCGAAAAGAAUUUGGAAGACGUAAUUAUUGAAAAUUCAUUCAAUUCUUUAAGUCAACCACUUUUGGUAACUUCAGAUAAAUCCUUUACUUCACAAUCUUUGAUUAUUCCAAUUGAGGAAAUUUCAAUUGAAAAGAAAAUAGGAGAGGGAAGUAAUGGUGUUGUUUAUUUGGGUAAAUGGAAAGGUAAACAAGUUGCCAUCAAAGCACUCAAGUCAGAUACUACCGGUGAUGAAGUUGGUGAGUUUGAACGAGAGGCAGCAAUUUUAAAUAGUUUAUCUCAUCCAAAUAUUGUCAAAUUUUAUGGAAUUUCCAAGACCUCCAACAACAAAUACAUGGUUGUGGAGUACAUUGGUAAUGGAAGUUUGGAUCGAUUGAUUUACAAUUCAAGAAUAGGAGUUUCUCCUUUGAAUUUGAAAGGAAAACUUGAUAUUUUAAUUUCAAUUGCCAAUGGAAUGAAAUAUCUUCACACAUUGAAUCCUCCAUUGAUUCACAGAGAUUUAAAACCAGGAAAUAUACUCAUUAGUAAUGAUUUUGUUGGAAAGGUUUCAGAUUUUGGAUUAUCAACACCCACUGAUAGUGCCUCAACUAAGAACAUCGGCACAGUUUUCUACAUGGCCUCCGAAAUGAUUGAAAGUGGAUCCUAUACCACCAAAGUUGAUGUGUACAGUUUCUCCAUUAUUAUGUGGGAAGUUUUCUUUGAGGAACACUGUUAUUGUAAUUCCAGAGUUUUCAAAAUUCACAGAUUUGGAUCAAAUGAUGCAACAAACAGCACGAAUGAAUAUACUAUUCUAUGCAGAGUGUUAAAGGGGUCAAGACCUAAAAUACCCUUCUCUACCAAUGAGGAGAUGAAUAUUUGGUUGAGUGAGUUUGUGUUACCAACAGAGAAGAAAUUGCCAUUGGAGAUAUUAUCAGAAUUUACUAGGAAGUAUCUUGAGCUGAUGCAAGUUUGUUGGGAUAAGGAUCCGUCUGUUCGUCCUUCAUUUACUGAGAUUAUGUCAGAAUUGAAUAAGCUGAAAUCAAUUCUCGAAUCAAAAUCCAACUAA